CUUUCAAAAAAAGAAGAAAAAGAAAAAGAAAGAAGGAAGCAGAACUAACUGUUCAAACAGGAAGAGCGUUGCUCAAUCUCUUUCGUUCCCUCCACUUCUCCAAUCUCCGCUUCCACUUUAUCUCCCGCAACAAGAUCUCUCUACCUGCUCUGUGUUUUGCUUCACAUCUCUGUUGCAGGUUUGGGAGAUAUAUAAACUGUUACACUCGAAUACUCGAGUACUUCACCAUACUUAUCCCUUUAUUAAUUUCUUGACAAGGGGAAUUCUUUGAAAUCUUUUGCAAGUUGCAACUAUGAGUUUUGUUUUCCGAGGGGCUAGAGCAGAUAUUGAAAGUGGCUUUCCAGGAUUUAUUCCUGAACGACCAGCAAUGCGUAUUCAUGCUUCUCGACCAGUAAGCACGAAUUCUCUGGCUUUUCUUGUCACGGUUAUCUUGCUAUUCAUGCUUUUAAACUCUCACCAGAUGUCACCGAAUUUUCUGCUCUGGCUAGUUGUGGGUGUCUUUUUGAUGGCCACAACCCUGAGGAUGUUUGCAACUUGUCAGCAACUUCAAGCACAGGCUAGAGCACAUGCUGCAGCUGCCAGUGGCUUGCUUAAUCAUACGGAACUGCGACUGCACAUGCCACCUUCAAUAGCUUUUGCAACCAGAGGACGAUUACAAGGACUAAGACUCCAGUUGGCACUACUUGACCGGGAGUUUGAUGAUCUAGAUUAUGAUACUUUGAGGGCUCUGGACUCUGAUAAUGCCUCUACAGCAACUUCAAUGAGCGAGGAGGAGAUUAAUGCCUUACCUGUCCACAAGCACAAAGUCACUGACCCAGAGAUCCUGGAUGAUUCAUCACUGCAACAGGCAUCAUCAUCUUCAGCCCCAAUGGAGCUGAAAAAGCAAGACUCUAAAAGGGUGGAUGGAGGCAUGAAGGAUCCAGAAGAUGAGCUGACAUGCAGCAUUUGCUUGGAGCAAGUUAAUGGAGGGGACCUAGUGCGUAGCUUGCCAUGUUUGCAUCAGUUCCAUGCCAACUGCAUAGAUCCAUGGCUCCGGCAGCAAGGCACAUGCCCUGUGUGCAAAUUUAGAGCUGGAUCAAGAUGGCCGGAGAGCAGGGAGAGCGAAUCCGACGGUUCGGACAUGGUAUAACGAGCCCUCUUGUUACACAACCUGUAUACGCAACGUAGUAGUACAUACACGCAAUGUAGUACAAAUACGCAAUAAAGCACAUAUGCUUUUGCAAUUUGCAAAUAAGGGGAUCUUCUGCAUCACUUGUAUAUAACCACAAGGUUUGGGUUCAGGAUUAUAGAAUUAUAUGUCGCUCAAUGAUAUAUGUGUGGGGCUUAGCUCAGUAUCUAUCAUGUCGAUAUGUCAUGCGUAAUAUUCGUGCGAUCUCGACUAUGAGAGAUGUGACUUUCCAUAUUAUAAAAGAAAUAAAGUCUAUAGAGAUGCAACAUAUUAUUUUGAA